AUGAUUGACUAUAGCACUGGCGUGACAGGCCUUGUUGGAGGCGACAUCCUAUAUUCUGUCUCCCGUGCUCAUCCAAGCUGGGAAUUGGCUUGUCUUGUCCGAACCAAGGAGAAAGGUGCCAAAGUCCAAGAAGCUUACCCCCAGGCGAGGCUGGUUUACGGAACAACAGACGACGUGGAUUUGAUCGAGAAAGAAGCUUUCGCCGCAGAUAUCGUCUUUCAUUCCGCCGGUAGUGAUGAACAUGUCCCUUCUGCACAAGCCAUCGUUCGAGGCCUAAGCCGCCGGCAAGCAGAUGGCCCUGCCUACUAUAUCCAUACGUCAGGUGGCUUUGCACUGGCCUCCGAGACCCUCUCUACUGGAAGAUAUGGCGAGCGGUUUGACAAACAGUAUGAUGAUUGGGAUCGUAUCAAUGAAUUGACCUCUCUUCCCGACCAUGCACCCCACCGCAUCGUCGACAAGGUGGUACUGGCUGCGGAUCCAUCCAAAGUUCGAACUGCCAUUGUUGCCCCCGCUGUGAUCUAUGGCCAAGGGCGAGGCCCGGACAAGACGAAAUCGGCACCACUGUUCGAGACUUUUCUUACCCACAAAAGGGUUGUCACUGUCGGCAAGGGCGAUAAUAUCUGGCAUAACAUUCACGUGCAAGAUCUCAGCAAGCUUUAUCUUCUUCUAGGAGAGGCAGCCGCCAAUGGUGGUGGAAACGCUACUUGGAAUGAACAAGGGUAUUAUCUGGCAGAAAAUGGCUACUAUGUCAACCGUGAGAUGUUGUCGCUCGCGGCUAGCAUCCUCUAUAGAAAAGGACUGGUGGCAUCGCCCACUGUCGAUUCCGUAACCCCAGAAGAGAGCGAGAGCUUUUCACCUUGGUUAAAGGUGAUGAUUGGUGUGGACUCGCGUGGGAUCGCCUUGCGCGGCAGGAAACUAUUGGGCUGGCAACCAACCAUGCCAAGCUAUGAAGACGAGCUUGAGAAUUCGCUCGAAAUCGAUGCAAGGGAUUUGGGCUUGAUGUAA